AUGUUUUAUGCCCACUUUGUCCUCAGCAAACGUGGGCCGCUGGCCAAAAUCUGGCUGGCGGCCCACUGGGACAAGAAGCUGACCAAGGCGCACGUGUUUGAGUGCAAUCUGGAGAGCAGUGUGGAGAGCAUCAUCUCACCCAAGGUGAAAAUGGCUUUACGAACAUCGGGGCAUCUGCUGCUGGGAGUGGUGAGAAUCUACCACAGGAAGGCCAAGUACCUGCUGGCAGACUGUAACGAGGCUUUCAUCAAGAUCAAGAUGGCGUUUAGACCAGGUGUGGUGGAUCUUCCGGAGGAGAACAGAGAAGCAGCCUACAACGCCAUCACGCUGCCUGAGGAGUUCCACGAUUUCGACCAGCCACUACCAGACCUAGAUGAUAUUGACGUCGCUCAGCAGUUCAACUUGAACCAGAGCAGAGUGGAGGAGAUCACUAUGAGAGAGGAGGUGGGCAACCUCAACCUGCUGCAGGACAAUGACUUCGCUGACUUUGGUAUGGACGACCGGGAGAUGAUGCGGGAGGAGAGCGCGUUCGAGGUGGACAUCAUGGCAGCGUCGGCUUCCAACCUGCUGCUGGAGGCUGAGGGUGGAGCUAAUGCGAUGGCUGACAAGUCCAACCAUCUGGAGUACGACGAUCAGUACAAGGACGACUUCGGAGACAACCCCAUGGAGAGCAAUGAGGGAGGCAUGCUGGUGGACAAGCUGCUGAGUAACGAGGAUGGAGGAGGCAUCUUCGACGACCCUCCUGCCAUCACAGAGAGCGUGAUGAUGCCUCAGGAUCACGGAGACGAUGAGGAUGACUUUGACGCUCUCUCAGCGGGAGCUCCAGAUAGUCCAGACUCAGGCCCAACAGAGCCCCUUCCAGCCAUGGCAGACCAGACAGAACAGACCACGCUAGUCCACAACGAGGAGGAAACCUUUGCCCUGGAGCCGAUUGACAUCACAGUGAAGGAGACCAAGGCGAAGCGUAAGAGGAAGCUGAUUGUGGACAGCGUGAAGGAGCUGGACAGUAAAACCAUCCGCGCGCAGCUGUCUGACUACUCUGACAUUGUCACCACCCUGGACCUGGCACCUCCAACCAAGAAGCUGAUGAUGUGGAAGGAGACGGGAGGAGUGGAGAAGCUUUUCUCACUCCCUGCUCAGCCUCUCUGGAACGCCAGGCUGCUCAAGAUGUUUACAAGGUGUCUGACUCCUCUCGUACCGGACGAGCUGAGGAAGAGGAGGAAAGGUGGAGAGGCUGACAGUCUGGAUGAGUUCCUCAAGGAUCUGGAGAACCCGGAGGUGCCCAGAGAGGAAACAACAGGACACCAGCAGAGAGACAUCAUGGACCAGACCAUCAUGGAGGAGGCCAGUGUUCUGCAGACUUCAGCUGUGGAAGGCAGCAGGACGACGCUGGACGAUUCGGCCAUGCCCCCUCCAUCUUCCCAACGCGGCCUCAAACGCAAAGCCCAGGACACAGAACCAGCUCUGCCUAUGGGAGCUUUGGACCAGCAACAGCAACAACAGCAACAACAACAGCAGCAGCAGCAGCAGCAGCAGGGGUCCAGAGCCUCUGAUGUGCCCCAGCAGCUGGAGCCAUCCAAUGUGGAUCUGCCUCCAGAGGAAACCACCAACAUCAGCCAGCUGAUAGAGCUGGACCUGCUUGGCGACAAGGACAAGAAGAAGAACGAUGAUGAGUCUGAUGAGGAGGAGGAGGAGGCACAGGGAGGAGACCAGGACCAGGAGGAGAGGAGGUGGAACAAAAGAACUCAGCAGAUGCUCCAUGGCCUCCAGAGGGUGAUGGCCAAAACAGGCGCCCAGUCAGUCGGCCUGCUGGAUCUGUGCAGGAACAACAACAAGAAGCAAGCGGCAGCUAAGUUCUACAGUUUCCUGGUUCUGAAGAAGCAGCAGGCGGUGGAGCUCGUACAGGAGGAGCCUUACAGCGACAUUAUUGCUACGCCCGGCCCUCGCUUCCACAUCAUCUAAAAAACACAACUUUGUACUUCGAAAAGGAAAACAAAAACUCUUCGGUGUACACCACAGGAUUCUCUGUCUGUUAAAGGUGGUAUCAGCGAUUCUAAUCCAACACACUUUGUCAAAUUCAGCAAAUAUCUCCUCAUAAUCUGCGAGCUGUCUGUUCUGUGUGUGCUCUAAAAAAAAAGUUCAUACACAGCCUGACAGACAUAAGAAUGUAACACAAAUAACAUUUAAGAUAUUACUGGAGCUUCUGAAGGAGCACUAAUGGGACAGUCUAUCUAUUUGGUUGUUGAGUUCAAAUACUAACAAUCCUUCCCCAGAAUCGCAGACUCCACCUUGAAGUUUUAUUUAUUUAUUUGAGUUUGUUGACUUUGUUUUGUAUAUGUUGUAGAGUUUUAUCUUCUGUCUGCAAUAUUUUAAUGUCAAGCAGUGGUGGGAGGAAAGAGGUCUGAGUAACAUGGUUGGAUUAGAAAGAGGUUUCUUCCUUGAAAAAUUCCACAUGGACUGGGGAACUUUCAAAUGGACUUGUAUUUGUACAGCCCCUUUCUAGUCUUCCGACCACUAAAAGCAACUCUAGAUGUCCCAUGUACCCAUUCACACACACAUUCACACACUGGUGGCCGAAGCUUCCAUACAAGGUGCCACCUGCUCAUCAGGCAAACA